AAUCUUCUAAGUUUUCUUGGUACAUCUGGCACCAAUGAUCACUUUUAAUCAGAAAUUCUCCAGAGGGAUGUUCAGUGAAAAGCAAAAAGAGAAAAGAUAGAUGUCGUCUCUUGCUCUUAGGUUAUAGCAUAAGCAUAAGUGCAAAAUAGAAGCGCAUCCAAAUUCUGUGUGGACAGCCAUUUCAAAACAAAAACAUUCUAGAGGAAAUUUUGUGAGCUUAACAAAACACUAAAAGUGCCAAUUUUCGAAAAAGUUCGUGUUCUACCUGGUGGAUAAUCAUACGAAUAAAAUGCGUAUGACACGGUAUUCGCGCAGUCGGCCGGAUUACGGUGGAAGAGGUUCAUAUUAUAGAGGCGGUCGCCGUGGAUUCGGUCGAUAUAUGCACAACAGACGCUACAACUAUGAUCAAAAUUAUCGAGGAUGGCAUCCCAACCGGUAUGGGCCACCAAAUGAUCGCUAUCGACGGGAUUAUAAUACGCACGGGGACCACCGAUAUUCUUCGAGUCACUAUCGCUCACCAUCGCGAUACUACGAUCACGAACGUUAUCGGGAACGGCGGUAUAGGUCUUCUAGUGAGAACGAAUCAGGAAGCUCAUCCAUGGAAAAGUCACCUUCGCGAAAAUCGAGGAAAACAGAACGCAGCCGAUCCGAAUCACGGGAGUCUGGGUCGGCGGCAAGUCGAGAUAAUAGCUCCAGCACGGCUUUGAGCAAGAUCAGUUCGGGAAGUAGUUUCUUCGCUGAGGUAGAAGACAGUGACGCGUACGUUAGUCCCGAUUACGAUGGACAGUCCAGUCAGGAUAGCGAUGAGAAAGAUGGUAAGAAGAAGCACAAACGUAAGAAGCGGAAAAAGGGAAAGAAAAAACGGGAAAAGGAACGAAGACAACGAAAAAAGUUAAAGAAACGCAAGAAGGAAGCUCUGGAAGAGAGAACCGGUCCACCGGAUCCCGAUGCAAACCAACCGAAGGGAAUUUUACCCCCGGGAAAGAAUAUUCUUGUCAGCGUUCGUUUCGGCGAGGGCGAGCAAGACGAAAAUGCUGCGGAAAAAGCUCAUAAAAAAUCAAAGAAAAAGAAAUCCAGCAAAAGAAGGUUAAAAUCAGGACUUAAAUUAAAAUUAGAACAUCCCAGAAAUAUGUUCUUGGAUUUGUUGGAUCACCCGUCUGGAAGCCAACGAAAAAAGCGUAAGCUUGAUGAAAAUAUUAAACCGGUGGCAAUUAUUGACCUGGAUCGAUCACCAGGGAAACAGGUCAUUUCAAGUCCAAGGGAAAUUAUCGUGCUUAGCGACGAAGAAGCCAAUAGCAAGAAAAAGACAAAAGCUAGUGCUGAAUUGGUCGGUCCAAAUACACCACCGGAACCGGCACCUAAAUCACCGGAAUCGUAUAAUCCGUUUGACCCUACCAAAUCUUCCACACAAUCACCCACUUCGGGACAUAAUCUAGGUAGCAUAUCGACCGUGAGCUAUUCAGAGCACCACCAUCAUCAUCAUCUCCAUUCGGGACACCAUCUGCGCCAGCGCCAAACGAAAAAUAAGCAUUUGUCGCAAAAGUCAAUCGAUCUCAAUAGUGCCGGAGAGCAUUACGACGAUGGCAUUUUAGACCUGCAUCCGACAUCGCCGAUGGACCACCUGUCGCCACGAGCGCAGUACCGACUAUCGCCGCACAAAGCUUAUCAACCGUCGCCGAAUAAGAAGUCGGCUCAUCAAAUGGCCACCGCGACUGUAACUUCCGGAGCGCAAGGUCCCGAAGGGUCAACCAUGCUUCCGUUCGGAGAUGACAUGGAUGAUGGCGAUAUUUCACCGUAUUCGCCACGCUCCAGUGACUGUGAUGAUCACAUGUUCGAUCCGCCGAUCGAAGGUGGUAAUCCCUCGGCCAAUGGCAGCGGCUACCAUCAACCGAAAACCAUAGCUCUCACGGUGGACAAUCUACGGAGGGUGUUCGGCGAUGACAAAAACACACUGUACGGUGACUUGAGGAGGCCCAACGAGGCAGUUGCGCUGGUCGAUGAAAUGUACAAACCUCAGAAAGUUACAAUGGAAAUGCUGGACGAUAUGCCGAGCUCUGCAGUUGAUUUGCAGAUUAAAGAAAAGCUGAUUGCGAAGUUGCAACGUCAGGAGCGAAUAAUCGAGGAAGUGAAACAUUUCCUGAAGCCACAUUUCAACAAGAAACGACUCAGCAAGGAAGAGUACAAAGACAUUAUGAAGAAGUCCGUUCCCAAGAUCUGCCACAGUCGCUCCGGAGAAAUCAACCCCGUGAAAAUUCAGAACCUGAUAAUGGCUUACGUUAAGAAGGCGAUUGCCAAGAGACGUCUCGCAACAUCCAGCCGGAAUGCAAUCGUAUCCUCUACCACGGCGGUUACGUGACUCCCAUAAUUACAGGCCUGUCCUAUAGGCCGCGAAUGUUGAUUUCGUAUUUGUUUACGUUUUUCGUGCUAUGAAUUCUCUAGAAAUGUCCGUGUAGAACGGUUCCACAGCAGCUCGGUGCGGUACGAGUUUAACAAAAACCUUCUACUAAAAUUUGCCUGAGUUUGCUGAAACAGUCAUACUUAGAAUGGAAUGAACUGUACGUGGAAUACGUUCUAUUGCCCGGUUUUUGUAACUUACUGAAACUGCGAAAGUUGUGCAGAAUUCAAUAACCGCAAAAUACGAAAAAGGAUUAGGGGAGACUGCAAUUUGUAUGAUUGUAAAAUAGAUGAUUAAGUUGAAAGUAAACCUGAGCAGGAAAGUUUAAUUUAUGAAGCGAAUAUUUUAUAUUAAAUAUAAAUUUCUAAUCCGUACAGUUGAGUCGUAAUUCAACACUAUUUCUAAUUAUUAAAUUGCAUUGUUCUACAACAGAUGAUGUUACUAACGAUUAGUUUUCGAACGGUCUAAUAACAAGAAAAUGUAUUAUCUGCAUACCGCAACUAUUAGAAUUAAUAGUUGAUCGAAACCUAAAAAAAUAACACUGACUUUAUAGUAAAAUCUUAGAUGGCGUUCUAUAAGUGUAAAGUAAUCAACAUUUUCAAUCAUUCACACAAUAAAAA